CUGUUUGGGUCCCCCAUCAAAGUCUCAGAAAAUCCUGACAGACAGAAGUUUCCCAGCAGUCUGUUGAGGGUGAUGGAAGGAGUUAGUUUUUACAGUGUAUGAGUUGCAUUGAGGGCAUAAAGCUGCUGUUUGUUGUGUUCCUGGUCAUAAAGCAGCAGCUCCUCUCUGACCGGUUAAAGUUCACGUCCUCGCCUCUCGCUCCGGCUGAGAGAUCGAUGUCCAGCUGCCUGCAGGGAUCUGGCUCCCAGCCCGCUACAGGCCGACCUGCUCCGGUUGUUGCUGGGAAACCGUGAUAAAAGGCUGCAGGUUGUAACGAGGACGAAGCUCUGAGGACCUGAGCAGAGAUGUAAUAUUUGUUUAUUCCGUCGGCUUGUUUUGUUUCUGUUUUGCAUGUUUUGUGUAGUCAAAUGAGGCUGGAGCCUGUUGGGAGCGUCAGGACAAACCUGCUCCGAGUCUCACUGUGUUUUUAAUCACUCAGGUCAAGAAAAUAUGACUUAUUAUUAUUUGGUGUUUUGUUUGAGGUUGAGGGGUCAGUCUGUUGGCCUGGUAGUCCAGCUCUGUCUGUCGAAACCAGCAGAGACCAGAUCUGGACUGUGGAGGAGCUAAAAAUAAAAUAAUAAAAUGAACACAAAAAGACGUGAAUUUACUAAAAAAAAGACAUAAAAUGACCAAAAAAAGACUUUAAGAAUACAAAAAUAGACAUAAAAUGAGGGAAAAGUGUUACAAAGAAAGAGGUAACAAAUAUCAAAAAACAAAAAAAGACACAAAAUGACAAAAAAACAACCUAAAAUUACACAAAAUAACCCCCCAAACCCCUAAAGUGAAUAAAAAUACAUUAAAAAUACUUUAAAUAAACAAAAAUAGACACAAAAUGAGAAAAAAAAUUACAGAAAAAGAAAAAAAAUACCAAAAAUAGACAUAAAAUGAGAAAAAAGUACACAAAAUUACCAAGAAAUAUGUUACAAAGACUAUAAAAAAUACAUAAAAAUUACUUCAAAAAUACAAUAAUAGACAUUAAAAAAUUAGAAACACAAAAUUACCCCCCCCAAAAAACAUGUAAUGACCAAAAAAUAUGUAAAAUGACCAUCAAAAGAUGCGAAAUGACCAAACCCGUAACUACUUCACUUCCAGCAUUUACAUCAUUUAUUUCCCACUCUAAAGUUUUUAGAUAAAUGUCCUAAAUGACGUGAGUUCAGCGACAUAAAUUGGUCUUAAAAUUACAAUAAUAUCCCAAUAAUUUCCGGGACAACAUAUCGCUUCUAUAUAUAUAAAAGCAGUGGGUGCAGUUGUCCUCCCGUCCUGCAGGGGCAGCGUCUGCUCCAGCAGCAGGAGGAGGAGCAGGAAGUUCCUCCUCUAAGCUGCUAAUCAGAAACAAUCCUGUCAGCCGGUCUCACCACUCUGGUCUGAGGAGCCUCAGUCAGAGGACACACUGGUAGUUUAUCUGGUUCAUACAGAGCUGCAGAGAGGGGACCAGGUCCUGAGAAGACUACCAGGUCCUGAGAAGACUACCGGGUCCUUGGUUCUACCAGGUCCUGGGUUCUACCAGGUGUGUAGCUCAGCUAACUGCUGCUGGUUGUCUGUGUUGAGCUGAAGAGGAGCAGAGUGAAACAGGAGGAACCGGCUCCUCCUGAACCCUGACCUCAUCACCCAGCUUUCCGAGAGACAACAAUUCAGUGAAGAUGAGACCAUGGUCCCCGUACUAACGUCCAGGAAGGCCAGCGAACUCCCCGUCAACGAAGUAGUCUGUGUCCUGCAGGCGGAGCUGCAGCUGGGUCUGAGCGAGGAGGAGGUGAGGCAGAGGAGAGCGUAUCACGGCUGGAACGAGUUCGACAUCAGUGAAGAAGAGCCGCUAUGGAGGAAAUACAUCUCUCAGUUCAAGGACCCUCUGAUUCUGCUGCUGCUGGCGUCGGCCGUCAUCAGCGUCCUCAUGCACCAGUUAGAUGACGCCAUCAGCAUCACCGUGGCCAUCAUCAUCGUGGUGACUGUAGCUUUUGUCCAGGAGUAUCGAUCAGAGAAAUCUCUAGAAGAACUCGGCAAACUGGUUCCUCCAGAAUGUCACUGUAUCAGAGAGGGGAACCUGGAGCACCUGCUGGCCAGAGAGCUGGUUCCUGGAGACACCGUAUGUCUGUCGGUGGGGGAGAGGGUCCCCGCAGACCUGCGCCUGGUGGAGGCCACCGACCUGUCUGUGGAUGAGUCCAGUCUGACGGGGGAGACCACGCCCUGCUCCAAGUCCACGUACCCCCAGCCGGCCUCCACCAACGGGGACAUGUCGUCCCGAAGCAACAUCGCCUUUAUGGGGACGCUGGUCCGCUGCGGCCGCGCCAAGGGCAUCGUGAUCGGGACCGGAGAGAACUCAGAGUUCGGGGAAGUGUUCAAGAUGAUGCAGGCAGAAGAGGCUCCGAAGACUCCGUUACAGAAGAGCAUGGACCUGCUGGGGAAGCAGCUCUCACUUUACUCCUUCGGCAUCAUAGGAGUCAUCAUGCUGGUGGGCUGGCUGCAGGGGAAGAGGAUCCUGGACAUGUUCACCAUCGGCGUCAGUCUGGCGGUGGCUGCCAUCCCGGAGGGUCUACCGAUCGUGGUGACGGUGACUCUGGCGCUCGGCGUGAUGCGCAUGGUGAAGAAACGAGCGAUCAUCAAGAAGCUUCCCAUCGUAGAGACUCUGGGCUGCUGUAACGUGAUCUGCUCCGACAAGACGGGAACUCUGACCAAGAACGAGAUGACGGUCACUCAGCUGUUCACGGCCGACGGACUCCACGCCGAGGUGACGGGCGUGGGCUACAACGGAGCAGGAGAAGUUCUCCUGGACGGGGAGGUGAUCCACGGGUUCUCCUGCCCCUCCAUCAGCAAGAUCGUAGAGGUGGGCUGUGUGUGUAACGACUCGAUCAUCAGGAAUCACAACCUGCUGGGUCGACCGACGGAGGGAGCGCUGAUCGCCCUCGCCAUGAAGAUGGGUCUGGAGAGCCUGCAGCAGGAGUACGUGCGUCUGGAGGAGCAUCCGUUCUCCUCGGAGACGAAGUGGAUGGCUGUUCGCUGCGUCCACCGCACGCUGCAGGAUAAACCUGGAGUUUACUUCCUGAAGGGAGCGUACGAGCAGGUGAUCCGUCUCUGCAGCUCCUACAACAGCCGAGGAACGACUCUGUCCCUGAACCACCAGCAGAGGGAGCUGUACCAGCAGCAGAUCAGCUACAUGGGCACCGCCGGACUCAGAGUUCUGGCGUUUGCGUCGGGUUCUGAGAUGGGGAACCUGAGCUUCCUGGGUCUGGUGGGCAUCAUCGACCCCCCGAGGUCAGGGGUCAAAGAGGCCGUCGGGACGCUCAUCAACUCCGGAGUCGCCAUCAAGAUGAUCACCGGAGACUCGCAGGAGACCGCCGUCGCCAUAGCCAGUCGGUUGGGUCUCUACUCUAAAGGCUGCCAGAGUUUAUCAGGAGACGAAGUGGAUCAUCUGGACCUGCAGCAGCUUUCACACGUCGUCCCCAGAAUCUCCGUUUUUUAUCGAGCGAGUCCUCGACACAAGCUGAAGAUCGUCAAGUCGCUGCAGAACAUCGGCGCCGUGGUGGCGAUGACGGGCGACGGCGUGAACGACGCGGUGGCGCUGAAGGCGGCGGACAUCGGCGUGGCGAUGGGACAGACGGGCACCGACGUCUGUAAGGAGGCGGCGGACAUGAUCCUGGUGGACGACGACUUCCAGACCAUCAUGUCGGCCAUCGAGGAGGGGAAAGGAAUCUACAACAACAUUAAAAACUUUGUCCGCUUCCAGCUGAGCACGAGUAUUGCAGCUCUGACGCUCAUCUCCUUGGCGACGCUGAUGAACUUCCCCAACCCGCUGAACGCCAUGCAGAUCCUGUGGAUCAACAUCAUCAUGGACGGCCCCCCCGCCCAGAGUCUGGGCGUGGAGCCGGUGGACCAGGCGGUGAUCCGGCAGCCUCCCCGUAACGUCAGAGACAGCAUCAUCACCCGCAGCCUGCUGGUCAAAGUCCUGGUGUCGGCCCUCGUCAUCGUCUGCGGGACGCUCUUCGUCUUCUGGAGAGAGUUGCAGGACAACGUGAUCACUCCUCGAGACACCACCAUGACCUUCACCUGCUUCGUCUUCUUCGACAUGUUCAACGCUCUCAGCUCUCGCUCACAGACCCGUAUGGUCCAUGAGAUGGGUCUGUGCAGUAACAGGACCUUCUGUUACUCCGUCCUGGCCUCCAUCAUGGGUCAGCUGCUGGUCAUCUACUUCCCCCCACUGCAGAGCGUCUUCCAGACAGAGAGCCUCAGCCCCCUGGACCUCCUGUUCCUGGUCUCCCUCACCUCCUCGGUGUGCGUCGUGUCCGAGGCCAUCAAAGUUGUGGAGCGGUGGCGCGGCGCCGACCGGAGCCCGCCGCCCGACUGCUUCCACGAGGUAUGACCCCGCCCCCUGUGACCUCACCGCUCCACGGACGGACGCACUCUGAGCUCCGCAGGAGGACGAGGAGGACGAGGAGGAGGACCGAUGGCACUGACUCUUUAAAGACUGUGGGAGAGACUCUGGUCUGGGACCGGAGGAGGCUCCCGGCCUCGGGGAGGGGGGGCGGGGGGAUCCGUAACCAUGGCGACCUCUGACUGACGGACGGACCUCCUCGUCUUCAGGACGUCCUCGUUGAGACGACUCGGCGGCCGAGACGCGUGGCUCCUCUUCCAUUUUUUUACCUGCUCCUCUAGAAGGUGUUGACCACUACUCAGCGGCUCGUUUUGGUUCUUUAGACGGUGGAGGUGAAACGGUACAAGGGUUUUAAAAAAACAACAAUAUUUAAUUUUUUUCUGUUUGUUUUGCAUCUAGAAAACAACAACAAAAGUCCUGAUUUCUGCUGUAAAAAAUGAAAAAGCACUGAACAUCCACAUAGAGUCGGUUAUUUAAGCAUCAUGUCGCAGUGAUGGCAACGGCGGUUAUUUCCCGUUGCCGUGGCAACGGCGGUCCUUCCUGUCGCCGUGGCAGCGACGGCGGUUCUGUCCCGUUGCCGUGGCAACGGCGGUUCUGUCCCGUUGCCGUGGCAACGGCGGUUCUGUCCCGCUGCCGUGGCAACGGCGGUUCUGUCCCGUUGCCGUGGCAACGGCGGUUCUGUCCCGUUGCCGUGGCAACGGCUCAAGCACACGGAGCUUUAAAUCUUUGUGUUUUGUUUUUUUUUUUUCUUCUAUGGAAGUCUGUGACUGCCAAUAUUUAAAAAAGUCAUUUAAUCAGAAAUGUUCAUCAGAUUUCACAGUUUGUCUCCUCCAUCUGAUCUUUGUGGGUUUUGUUUUUAAUCUUUUUAAUUUUUUUUUUUUAUAUUAUAUAUUAUAUUAUAUUAUAUAUAUAUAUAUAUAUAUUGGAGCCGUUGGAUUUGUUGACCAAAAUGUGACAAUGUUUCUAUAAAUAUUCAAUAAAAUACUAAUUACAAAAAAACAAGAGAGAGUCUUCUCAUUAAAAAUGAUGACACUCGUUCUAAAAUAUUUAAGUUUUUUUUUUAUUUAAAAAGUUCAUAAUUGUUAAUAAAGAUUAUUAGGAACAAACUAAAGUUUAGGGUAGAUUUUGCAAUUUCAUUUUAUUGAACUAAUUUUCUGCCAAUAUUAAUAUAUUAUGAAAGCAGUUUUAUAUAAUCAUUUAUUUUGGUUAUUUAUCAGGAUUUUUUUUAAACAGGAAGAUUUAAGUUGGAUUUUUUUUUUCUAUUACAUUUUUGAAUAUUAAAGUGGAUAAUUAUAUUUGUGUUUCAACAUAUUUACAUCAGGAUAAAACGGCUUUUAUUAACUUUGAGGAACUUUUAGAUUUUUUUAGACCUUUUU